AUGUCUCUGGUCAUAGAGGAAGAAUUGGACAAUCAUACCCUCAACGGGAACGCGGGGAAAUACACAAACUUAACCGUUGAGGACUUUGGCGAGUACCAUGCCGCGCAGAUUCUCUGGAAGAUUUUCCCGCCGGGUCUGCUUAUACUGGGGACGAUAGGGAAUGCGCUGUCCUUAUGCGUCAUGUCACGGCCGACCAUGAGAGUAACGGCAAUGGGACUCUACCUCGCUCUCCUUGCCACGUCCGAUUUGGUCGUUAAUUGGGUGGGCUUAACCCGCCAUACUAUUAAAGUUUACGAGAACAUGGACAUUCGUAAAUUAGACGCAAUUUUCUGUAAGAUUCAUCGAUUUAUACUGUACUGCAGUAUGGAUUUCUCAGCGUGGAUCCUGGUUGCUGUAUCGGCGGAACGAUUCAUUGCGAUAUGUAUGCCGACUCGCGCCAGGAGUUUCUGCACAGUACAGAGAGCACAGAGGGUGGCGCUUUUAUUGCUUUUCAUAUCAUUCGGGCAAAAUAUCCACGUAUUUUGGACUCGAGGGGCGCAGUACAAACAGGCAGGGAACGUCACAGAACUUGUCAGCCUAUGCGGCUACCCUUCCCCGGCCUUUGAGUACUUUUGGGGGUACGUCCUCCCAUGGAUAAUAUUCGGGGUCUACGCUGGAGGUCCCUUCGUAACCAUGCUUAUUCUUAACAUUUGCAUCAUACGGGGCCUGGCGCAAAUGCACAACAGGCGCGUGGAAAUGCGGCGAGGCAGCAGAGCCGACACCGCCAACAGCAAAAAAGAAAACGCCCGCGAGAAAGCCAGUCAAAAAUACGUCCGGUCGAUGACGAUCAUGUUGGUGUGCGUGUCGUUCUCUUUCCUCCUUCUCUCCCUCCCUGGCGUCUUGAACAGCAUACUGGCCAAAGCCUGGCUGACCAGUGUCAAUGACCCGCUGGACAUUGCCCGCUACGACCUCGUGGAGGCCAUAGUGAUUAUGAUGAACUACGCGAACCAUUCUAUUAAUUUCCUUCUCUAUUGUCUGACUGGUAAACGGUUUAGACAAGAACUGAAAGAAAUAUUCUGCAGUGGCUUUGGGUAUAAAGUUGUUAAAGAUAACACUGUGAUACUAGUGAAAUAGACGCACUAGUAUACAUGAUUUUGGACGCGAGAAGAGGAAAAUAGAGGCAUUCUAAAGGGAAAAAACGUGUUUGUUUUAAAUUUCAAGGAUUUAUUUUCAUAGCUAGGGAUAAGGAUAUGUGUUCAUUUCUUGUUUAAAUUACCCUUUUGAGUUGCUUUAUGACUAAAUGCUUUUUUAUCAAUAUUUGUUUAUGGACCAGCCACCAACCGAAUUGCAAUGGACGGCUUGCGCAUUGUAACUCGUUAGCAUUUUUGUAAAAUAUUUUGGUAAGUGCUGAAAUCAAGACUGGUGUAGU